AUUUACUCCAGCGGCAGUAAUUUGCGGCUGUUAUCGAUUUUGUUCGAAUGUGUGGAGCACACGUCAAGGUGCCGGCGCGGCAGGAUCGCGCUGCUCCUCCUGCUGGUCUUCCAUCCUCCGACACACUGCCCCACAUCCGGUGUACGUUAUUUCCGCGUUGUUUUUAUCGUUUCGGUAGUGUGCGUUGUUGUGCCACCACCACGUACCUGCCUUUGCGUCAUCGCCGUCGUCGCACUGACGGUGCACGGAUUGCACCCAAUCACAGCCAUUGUUUGUCUCAUCCAUCAGCGCUUCCACGCAGACGCGGACGCCGUCUCCGAAGGCGACCGAGCCGCCGACUCCGGCCGUCGUUCUCAGUAUCGUGUUGACAGUGACGCUGAGUAGGCGAUUCCGGGAGUCCGCAGCCUAUCCCGGUUUCUAUUUACCUUUAGUUUAGUCGUAGUUGAGCAAAUCGAAGUCACUCAGUGUUAUGGAGCCGCAGAACCAGGAAAUUGUGGCCAGCGGCUCGCCCGCGGAGGUGCCCAACGAUCCGGGGAAAAUGUUCAUCGGUGGACUCAGCUGGCAAACCAGUCCAGAAAGCCUAAGAGAAUACUUUAGUAAAUACGGCGACAUAACAGAAGUAAUGGUAAUGAAAGAUCCUGCCACCAGGCGGUCGAGCACAAAUUGCGACGGGUCUGCCGUCUUCGGCGUCGACAGCGUCACCAGAUUGUUCACCCCCAGGGGCUUUGGAUUUAUCACCUUCACCGACCCGGCUAGCGUAGAUAAGGUUUUAGCCCAAGGCACUCACGAACUAGAUGGCAAAAAGAUUGACCCCAAAGUAGCGUUCCCGAGAAGAGCACACCCAAAGAUGGUAACCCGGACGAAAAAAAUAUUCGUCGGUGGAUUAUCAGCGCCCACUACCCUAGAGGACGUCAAAAGUUACUUCGAACAAUUCGGUCCGAUUGAAGAUGCAAUGCUAAUGUUCGAUAAGCAAACGAAUCGACAUAGGGGUUUUGGAUUUGUCACAUUUCAAAGCGAAGAUGUUGUAGAUAAAGUUUGUGAAAUCCAUUUCCAUGAGAUUAACAAUAAAAUGGUGGAAUGUAAGAAAGCGCAACCAAAAGAAGUAAUGCUCCCCGCCAACCUAGCGAAGACACGGGCGGCAGGCAGGGGUGCUUACGAUUUUAUGUGGUCACUUGGAGCUCUUCCUGACGGUUUUCCGGCAGCCGCAUACGCGGCCUACGCGGCCGGUCGAGGUUACUCGGGCUACCCUAGUUUCGGACUACCGUACCCAACAGUGUGUGAACUACCGAAGCGGACGCCAGUUUGGAAUUUUGCAACGCUUACGAGGGUGGACCUAACCAACGGACAACUGACACCUAACAAUAACACCCCACUAUUGACUCAGGCCUUGUCAGGGUCGUCGGGUGCCAGUUGGACGCAGCCUUCCGGAGCCGACCAGACUGCACCACCACAACCCCACUUCUCGGUUUCCUUUGCAGUGAUGAAUAACUACCAGGCUGCGGCGGCGGCAGCGCAGGGCUUCGGACCGCCGGCUUCGCCCCAUGCAGCCAACACACGUGGAGGAUUUCCUGCUGCCAACUCACCUGGACCUACCAUAGAUAUGUACAAUAGCAGUGCGGGGGAUAGUGUGGGCUAUGUGCAGGCCGCUAGCCCACAACCCUCCAGCUUCCCGGCGAUCGCCGUCAGCAGGGCCCCUCUUAACUACAGUCCGGGUCCCCUAAUUCCUGCUGCGUUUACCAACGGCUAUCACUGAGCUCGAGGACUGUCUAGUGUUGUGUGACUCGACUCGGCAGCUACUGUGAUGUCAUCACAACUGCACUUGUACAUUCACUUUAUGUGUAUAAUAUAAUAAUAUAAUAAUAAUAAUGUAGCACCCCGCCAGGCGCGGCCCACUUGUUGUUGUAAUGUUUGGUGUCAGCGUCCCGCUUCGCCGCCCUUCGGUAGCCGCCGAGUGGUGACCCGAUACAAAGGGAAUAAUCUGGGACACAUUGUCACCACGUUAUUAAUGAAAAAUGUUCCUACGACCCGCCGCAUUAUUCUAGAUAAGAUGUUUUUAUUUUCGAUUCCGUUUUGAUGAUGCACUCGCGGUGCGGCUCGAGAACCUACUUUAUUACAUUUCUUCGCUGCCAAAUUUUGAGUGUUGCUUAGUGAUGAUGCUCGACGGCUUCCGAAACAGCGGCUUCCCCACCAAACACAGGCACUAUUGGUUACGUCUUGCGUUUCUUACAUAUGAUAUAUUACAGGGUAUCUUAAAAUGGGAUACAUUAUCCUCACAUAUUAUUAUAAUUAAGGACCAACGAGGCAAUGGCGGCAAUACAUUCUUUUGGCGCGUUGCCGUGGUAAAUUUUAUUAUUUUAACCUGAGUUCUUAUUCGAUAGUUGUUUUUGUAAUAUGAAAUUUUAUUUCGUCAUAGGUCGUCAUUAUUUGUUAUUUAUACGAAAAGAGAACAAAUUAAGUGUAAGUUUUGUGUUGUCCGACACAUAGUGUGUUGCGCGAUUAAUGUAUACAAACCACUAAUUGGAUAAUUUAAGGAAUUUGUAUAUAAUAAUUAUUAUUGUUAUUUGAUUCGAUGGGGCGGACCCGGACCGGCCCGAGGAAACUCUGCGCUCCGUCUUUCACUAGCUAGCAACUUUCCUUUGGUUGAUGGACUGGCGGACGUUUCGCCAGGUCAGGUCAGGUCUGGCCCACCGGCGUCUGUGUAGCUUGUAGAGUCCUAAACGUAUUCCUCAUGUAAUAUCCUAACCUUAGAUCUGUCUAAUUGUUAGCAUAGGCCAGAUCAAUUUAAAGUAUAUAUUAUAUAAAUGUUUCCUGUUAUUAAGUGAAUAUUCUAUAAUGGUGGGGCGACGGUGGUGUGGGGGCGCCCGCAGCACCGCAUGCGGCCGCAUUUAGCAAAACUUACUAUAUUCAAAUUAUUGUGAUCGCCACGAAAUGACAUAGUUAAUUAACCGGCGGACGCUCAACACACCGCGUCGUCCCGCAGUGUCCUCCAUGUGAGUUAUAUGGUGUGUUAUGAUUUGAUUGUUUUUAAGUUAUAUAUUUCGCCGAUAGGCUUGUUAAAUGAAUAUUAUCAUUGUUGUCUGACUGACUGCAAUUGCUUGUCUCCUCAGUACAAAUACACCACGAUAUAAAUUAAUUACAUAAUAUAGUUCGAAUGUAGGAAAUGGAAAUAGUGGCCGAGUAUCGUUCGCGCGACGCCUAGUGGUUGGGCGAUGCCACAAAAUCUCUCAUUAUUACAAUAGAAAUAUCAUUUUUAUUACGCAUGGAAGUCAAUAGCGAUAAUCGCCCAACGCUACAGUAGAACAUCUCGACGCGGCGCGAUGACGCGUGAACGCUUAUUUAGCUAUUCGAAUUGUCGCAACGAUUGACUGUAGUUGAAAAUUAAUUGUAGUGGGUAGGCGCGCGUUUCCGUGAAAUUGUGCGAUUUAUUUAUUGAACCUCGACCGAGGUUACGCGAUGCUAGCAGCUAGUAACCGACAUUCACAUUUGCGGUUGAACUACACUGAGAACGAGUGUUCAAAUAAACGAAAUGGUUUUAGUUAUCUUAUUUGAAACGGUUUGGACAAUGCAAUAGUUUUGGUUUAGGCGACCGUUCGCAGUGCAGUUCCACCUCGAUGACCCAUGGCCACGUCACCGACGCUCCCCAUCCAAUCACUGUUCUUCUUAUUAGUUUGAGACCGUUUUUCGAAUACCAUCUCAAGUGUCAAUUAACGUUGCGUUUCGGCGGGGUCGUUGGAUGGAUGUCGGCGUAAUAGGAAAUAGGUUUCGACCGACGGACGCGUCCGCGCGUCCGUCCAAGUUUGGUGAGAAUUGACCAAAGGUAUAAAAUGUCAAUACUAAUGUCAAUACAGUGACUGCGUUUUUAUUUUGGUAAUGCCGAAGUAUUUUAAUGUCAAUCCAGAGCAAUACGGUAAGUGUAGGUAGGUUAAAACCAAAAAUAAGUUUCAUUUAUAUAUUUUGAUAUCUGUAAACUGUGUUAUUGCAUUAAAUGGUAGGGAUAAGUUUAGAAAAAGACACCACACGGGUCGACUCAGGUGAUUUUAGUGUGUUUCUUCCACCAUCUCGUCCCGAUUCGUGCAAAUUUGGCCUAAGUUCGAAAGCAAACCCAGUUUGAGAUUUUGGAGGAAUGCACUUGAAAAUUCAUCGACCCAGUAGCCCAAGCUUUAACAUGCAGAAGACAGGACCGGCCGGUGGCUGCAUGUCUUUGAUAAGAUGUGGGGCCACUGCGACGGUCGCGUCGAGCGCUGUCCGCGAUUUGGGCACAUUCCAGCACCGCCUCUCGUAUACCAACAUAUCAAAGGCCGGUCGCGGGCUCGCUCGGACCUUCAAAGAGGGGCACGUCGAGCUAUGAUUCAAAUUUUGAUUCGCGUGCAUAUUUUUCUAUUAGGUACACAGUCAUGUGGUGGUGCUAAUCGGCCAAAGUAUAAAACAAAUUGACAAAUAUUUAAUAAAAGAAACGUUGCGGAUGUUAGUUUAGUGUAUAGGUUGUUAUUGAUUUUUACAAAUAAAUUCGGGUUGUACUUAAUUGUUAUUGAGACAUUCGGCGUGUCCCUCCGUCCCUUAGAGGCUAGAAUAGGAGUUAUUAGUCAUUUGUAACGUAUUAUUUCCCAAACGGAAUAUUAUCUCGACAAUAUUGAUUCACACUGUGAAGUUUUCAGUUGUAUGAUUAAAACUGUAUAUCGUGGGCCUUACUAUACACUGAAAAUUAAAUCGUGCUGUCCAAAAUUUAUUAUUGUAUUUAGUUCGAUCUUGCAAGCGUAUAUAGUUUAGGGGUGGACGCAGGUAGUGUAGCCGCCCCCCACCUUUUGUAUACUUAAGGCGCCCCGCGCUCUUUUGUUGUGUUACUUUCAUACGUACUUUAGGAUUACGUUAUUAAAUGUAUACAAGCUGUAUAUAUUGAUAUUAUGAUGAUAUACAUAACAUAUACUCUUAUUUAAUUAAGCGGUAGCGAGUGGUUAGGUGCCGCCACGAUAUGAUGUAUUAUGGCACCCGCCCUGUCCCUGUGUUGCAGCCCCUGGUCCAUCCGCGCUCGGGUCUGGGCCGCUUUGUGCGGGGCCCCAUCGUAUAUAAUAUUUAGCAGCAGUCCUAGUCGGUAGUAGAGAGCGGCCCCCGUAGACCGGCCCAAGCCCCAGCGCUCAGUGUUACGUAAACUCAUUGUAUUACAGCCGAACGGCUUCUUGCAAUAAAAAAGCAAUAACCAUAUUCCUUCUGUGGACGCUUUUGACUUUUACAUUAAGAAAAAUAUAAUAUUAUUAUUAUUAAACAAUUACUGUAAGUACGUACUUUAUGAACAAGAUUUUACACUAUGAUAAUAAUGAAGGCGAUGGCAUAUUGCUAAUUAGAAUGAUUGUACAGAUAGAGUUUGUAACAUAAGAAAAUUAUGUUGUUCAGACGAGAGGCCACUCAAAAUUUGGUGGUCGCUCGCAUUGCUCUUGUAGCGCUCGGCAACGGUCCGGGCCUUCAUGUAUAUCUAACUACACGUUCUACAAUGUACAUAUAAUUAUUACAAUGAUAAGACAAGGUUCACAACGUGCCGUGUGUAUGUGGGAUAAAUAUAAUAUGGACAUUGUUCAAAAUA